GUUCAGGAUCAAUGGCUGAACACGUGGCUCUUGAAGACAUAACAAAUUGUCCAAUUCAUAAUAUUGAUGAAGAUAAUAAUGUUUUUUCAACUACUACAACCCGUCCAUCUCGUACCGAACAUCGACUCAGAAUGCUUGCAAAGAACUUCAAAGACAUCCGCUCAUCAUCAAUGGCUUCUUCAAGUUCAGCUGCUCUUCGUCCUUUUGGGACGGCUCGAUUGACACCUGGAAGACAAACUGGAAGACAGACACAACAACAGAUUAGUGCUCCAGAACCAAUGAUAGCUAUUGCUCUCUCGGAUAUGGAGUACCUAAUGCGGUCGGCUAGAUCAAGCAGAAGCUCAGGAAGAUCAGAACGCCAGCCAGGAUGCACAUGCUGCUGCCACAUUGCUGCUGGGGUUACUGUAAUUCCACGUGUCGCCCGUUUUUCAAUCGAAGGAGGACUCUCAACACACACCCUUAUGAAUCAUUCUGAUAAUCGGAUAGCAGUAAAAAUCACAUGCAGUGACAACAAUAUGUACAGAGUGACACCUGUAUAUGCAACUGUUGAGCCUGGACAAAGUCUUCCACUUCAUAUCGCCCGAAUUACCAGUGACCUAAUCAAACGUGAUCGUCUCUGUGUCAAUAUUCUCGAAGCAGAUGGCAAUAAGGAAGCUCGCGAAAUUUUCAAAAAGAACGCGAAUACACGUGCACCAGCUUCAAUCAAUAUGGCCCUUGAGGCAACAAAUGACAAUCAGAAUCAUCAUCAUCAGGAGUAAAGAAACACAAAUAUGUACAUGCAGACAAACAAAACUACCAACUUUCAUUCUUUUUAUGCCUUUUUUCUUAUUUUCUUUGAUAAAAACAUAAUAAAACAAUAUGAAAUGACAUCACAAA